GCGAACCCGAAAUAAAAAAAUUUGAAUUUUGAACCAAAUCCAAAUUUUUUAUUCUGGGUUCGCUAACGUGGCAAGUGAUCUGGCGCUCGACUAACGGUCAAUGGAGUUGACCGUCCAAUUUAACGAUCAAAACCCGCGCCGAACCAAGCAAGGAAGUGUGCAUGAUGCAUAGUUCGGGCCAAGAGAGCAAUUUUAGAAACCAAGGGCCAAUAAUAGAAAGUUUGAGUAUAGUUUGGGCCAAAAGAAGGUAUUACCCCUACAAUUUAUUAGCUAGAUAUUUCAAACUUUUCAAAUUAUUUUUUUAUAAUACUUUUCAAAUUAUUAGGCAAACAUUUCAAAAUACAAAAUAGUAGUCAAACGUUAAUUUUCUGCUAGCAAUUUUGUUAGUAAUAUUGACUUGGCAACUUGAUACUGACUUGGAAAAGACAUGUGGAGAUCAACAUUUUAAAAUUGUAGUAUUUUAACUAAGAAAAUAGUUACAAAAUUACUAACGAUAAUAGACAAAUGGCUAAUAUUUUGAUGCGUUACAAAAUAUUUUACUAAUAUUUUUUAUUUCGAAAAAUUUGGUUAAUAAUUUGAAAUAUUUUGUAGAUUUGACUAAUAAAUUAUAAUUUUCUUAUAUUUCGUACAAUUCUUUAUUGGAAAACAUCUUGGCAACUCGUCAAAAUAUUCAAAAUGUGCUAAAAUAUAAUAAAAAGAAUAGAAAAAUUGUUAUAACAUUCAAAUAAAAUACAACCAAGGGUCUUUCACUAUUUAUAAUUAAGGUGGACUACCUAAGUAAAUCAUUGAAUAUUGGAGUUACUUUCUAUUAUACGUACGUAAUCAAACUUUAGUUGGGUUGUAUAUUGUGUUCGAGUCAAUGUGGAGGAUCCAUCUUUUUAACCGUUAAUGAGUUGUUGACCUGAAUGCCACAUCGAGGAAAACAAUAAUCAAUAAAUAAUAGAAAAAUCAAAAUAUUAUCCAACAAUUGUUUUUUUAGAACACAAUAGUUAUCUUGAUCAAGGUUGUCAUACCAAUUUUUAUUGUUGAAUCGAUUUAGCAAGUGAUAUGGUAUGAUCGAAGUAAAACUGAUUUAUUGAAAAUCUAUCUAUAAUCUACAUUCAUAAAAAAAAAAAAUACCACAUUACAAACAAAAUGAGAAAUCAUAUAUAUAUGCAAUAUUUAAUAUUAACAUCCAAAUGUUUAUCCAAAUGUUUAUACUUGAAUCUAAUAAGUAACAUCAUCCAAGUGUUUGAUAUUUGAAUCCGAGAAAUUCCUUCAUUUUUGUUAGUUAGUUAUACAAAAACGAAGUCAUUUAGUUUACAUAUCGGAAAUUUAUUGAUUCAGCAGGACCACUAUUUUCUAGAUUUUGACAUUUUUUUAUCAAUUUAACUACUGUUUCAUACCGGUGGUCUUCCAACUGAUUUUUCUUAAUACAAAAUGAAAUUUGUUAUCACGGCCGAAAUACCAGUAAUUUGAUCAUUAUGAUUUUGAUAAUAAAAAUAAAAAAUGAAAAGUUCUCUCCCAACCACAUAGUAACACAGACACGCUAGUGCUCUUCCGGUAUAAUCAAAAUCCGCCGCCCUAGCUCCUAUCCACCCCUCACUCUCACGCUCACUCUCACUCUCAAACCCAACCACCCCAUGUCCUUUGAAAAGUCUCAUAUGCAAUGAGCAUAUGAACGUUAAAAGAAAGUAGCGAGUGUCCAAAUUAAGUGUGAGAAACAAUCCAGAUCUGACCUUAUAUAUUGUCUAUGGUCCAGACCGAAAGGUUAGAACACAAACAAUGGAUCAGACCAUGUAGAGUACAAUUCAAACCAACCAACUCCUGUGUGAUGCAAUCCAGACCAGGCAGACCCUGUUCAAAAGUCAAAAAAAAUAAAUUAUCCUUUAUUAUAGAGUUCGGAAACUAAAUGCUAAGAAACUAAGACCUUAGUCACUAAUACACCAAGGAUCCAUUGACGUUUACUUGCACAUAUGAGAUUGUUGUACAAACCAAGCUUAAAAUCAUCUACAAAAAUACACGAAUUGUCAUAAUUACUUGAUAAUAAAAACCAAAUUUGUUACUCGAUAAAAGAAAUCAACCAAAUAAUGAAAUAAGUGAGGAGAAAUUGCACUGGAGUAAUCCACACGAUACAUAUUUCCACAAAUGAAAUGAAUCCUUUAACAAAGAAGCAAAAUAAAGUUAAUUGGUUGAAGUCACAUUUGAUUAUCACCUUUGAUUUAUAUCACCUUUGAUUUUUGGGUUGAAGUCGCAAAGGUAAAGGGCAAAGGUCAGGUGGCAUGCAUCUCUCCAUUUGGCAAAUAAAACUACACGUGCAAUUCAUGCACACAUGACAAAUGAAAAAGUGACUGAUGUCUGUACAAUAGACUCGGAUCAAACUAAAUAAUUUGUAUUUGCCCAUCUGCUGGAAUUAGAAUCACAUCUACUUUCCGUUGUCGUCAUUCCCGCCCAAAUUUCCAUUACUUUUCUCACUCUUGGCCUGAUUAUGUUUGCUACCUCCUUUCGUUCUCAAACAUAGGUUAGCAUUCUCAAAACUCAAUUCUAGCUUAGCUUCUCCACCCGCCAUAAACUUGUAUAGGCGGUUUUAUAGAGCUUUGCCACCAGUUAACCAUGCUUAGCAAACCCGGUUUCUUUGUUUUUGGAUGAAGGGCAAACCUUUUUAUCCCACUUCAUUUUCAUUUUAAUGUUGACCAACCGCCUACUUGACUACUUCAUUUUUCUCCCUUUUCACCAGAAUGGGAUGUGACGUUGAGCUGCUUUUGCUUCUCCAUUGGCAGCAGAAACUGAUGGCGGCGGCGGUUUGGCGUCUUAGACCAAUGACCCCGCUACGAUUUCAGGGAAGAAGAGUAUCAGGCAUGUCUGUUCGUUGAUGCUGAAACGGAGGGGAUAAGGGGGUUGUGGAUCUGUUCUUUGAUGCUGAUAUGCGGCGGCGGAACAGGGGAGACAAAACGCAAACGGGGAAGCAAGGGAAACGGAUGGGAUUGAUCGAACCGGUAAACGGGAACGGUCUCAGUAGCCGAUUAUGACCCAUUAUUAGAGAGUGCGAACAAAUAGUCUUUGUUGACAGGCCCAAUACCGACGCAAAUUGGUGGAGAGCAAAGCCCGGCGUACACAUGGGCUGCAGUAAGUUUGAUAAAACGCACAGCAUAAUUAAAUGGAGGGUAGAAUGUCGAGAAUAUCCUUCCGGGAAGUGCUCUGGAGCCUGAAAAUUCAAAAUCCUGAAAAUUGAACCAAUGAAUAUGCUUUAUAUAUUUUGUAGAUACUUCAAAAUUCUCAUAAAAAAUUCAUCCAUUUCGGCUUAAAACCCAAACGUGUAGACGUGUGUGACAAGUAGGCAUAUGAACCUCCAUAUAAUUUUUUUUUUCUAACAAAAGAGAAAAAAUGAAGAAUUUAAAAUUUCCAGAAAAAAAGCACGAGCAUCCUCCAAUUUCCGCAACUCUCUCUCAACACUCUUUCCCCCGCCGUCUCUCUCCUUCCGCCAUCACUAAACUAAUGCCUCCAUUCUCGCCUCUCACCAACUCUCAUUUCCGCUGAUCUCGCCCGCCACGGCAGGCUGAAGGAGAAGGAGAAGCUGCUGAUAUUCGCCAAUGGAGUCUCCUUCGUUUGCCUCCAAAGCACGGACUGCCUUCCAUUCUGCUGCGGCACGAGCCGAGCGCGUUCUAACCGAUUUGAAAUCAGACCGAUCAGAUGCUGACAACAAGCAAUCGCCGAGGGAACAACGGAGGGAGCAGCCGGAGAAGCAGUCCCCGAGGAACGAAAGCGAGUCUAAGAGCAACAAUGAAGGGAAGCACUUGAGGUGGAAGCCUGCACCCAUAGGAAUCAAGCACGAUUGGCAGGACCGAUUUAAAAAUAUUAGAAUAGGGAAAAAAGGAGGUGAAAGCCCGACAGAAAAAGUUGAUGAUUCACAGAUGGCGGUUGCAUUUUAUGAUGAGAAUUUGUACAUACUGAAGAAGAAAAAUGAUGCCGAGAACAAGGCAUCACAAGUACCUUACAUAGUAGAAAGAUUAAAUGCCACAACUCCAGACAGCAUCCCUCCAGCAUCUGUCAUGAAGCAAUUGGCUAUCGCUAUUGAUGCGGGGAAAAAAUACAAGUCAAUAAAAGAUCUUGUGGUGUCUUCUGGAAGGUCGCCAAUGAAGGAGAGGGCAAGCUUAAGCCUUGCUGCUAUGAAGUCAUUGGUGCUCCGUGAUAAGGACGAGAAGCUUGCAUCUGAGUUUGAGAACCACGAGAAGGUUUUGUCCAUCUUGCAGUCGUUGUUUGAUGCAGAGGCGGACUUUCUCAGGAGGAAUGUCAGCUGUAGCGAGGAUUCAUUAUCAUUGAUUAAAGACAUUCAUGGUGCUCCCCCUGGCAGCUUCCUGGUAAAGCUAUCUGAAGUAAUUGGAAGCUUUAGAACAUUGCGGAAAAUGGCCAUCCUGUGGAACAAAAUUGUUGCUGAACUCAGAAGACUCUGGGCUGAAGAACUCCAUGUACCAGGCAUCCCUCUGGAUGAGUUUCCAGAUCUCCAUUCCUGCCUUCUAUACCAGCAGUUUCAAGUUAUCAAUUGCUGUGUUUCCAGGAAAAAGCGUCAUGCGAUUGCUGCUGAAUCAAUGGAAGCUGCAUUAAGGGACGCCAGUAAAUUUUCUGCUGAAUAUGCUAAAGGUCUAAAUGCUCCUGGGCAUUUAUUAUAUGCCAAAACAAGCAGUGGAGAACUUGUACUUCGGCUAGGUGCUGGUUCGAAGGCUCCUAAUCUGUUUAUGCUGGAAAGUGGUGAACCAAUAUACUCUCCUAUCCCUCAGGAGGGUCCUUUGCUUACCGAAGAUCUUAUCAAAGAAACAGAAGAAUUUGUUCUUCGAACUGGAAGUGUUGGUGCUGGUUGCUCUCAAUUACUCUCUGACAUGCAAGGUUUCAAGGCUGCCAAUCCUGGCUGUAUAUUAGAGGAUUUUGUGAGAUGGCAUUCUCCUCCUGACUGGACAGACAGUGAGCCAACUGACGAGGCAAACGAGUCUUCUUCUUCAGAUGGGGGCAAUUCGUCUUCAACAAGAGGUUACUUAAGUAGUCGAAUGCAGAAAGAAGGAAACUUGUGGCGUGAACUCUGGGAAACAUCUAAAUCGGUACCAGCUGUUAAACAGGUUCCUUUGUUUGACGAAGAUUUGGCAGUCGAGGGGAUUCUGAAUCACAUGGAGAACAUCAGCCCUUCUGAGCUUUUGGAACAGUUCUUCAUUUCAUUGCUUGGUCUUGGAACUUUGAUGGCCGAGGCAAAACUCUCUAGCAACGAUGAUUUAUCAAAGCUAUUCUAUGACUGCAAAGACUAUAUUGUGGUCACUUGUCAAGGAAGACCCUGGAGUGACAAACUGGACGACCUUUGCCAAGUGUACGAAACAAUCGAGACAAUGUUGGUGAACCCAGAUGAAAUCGUCAAGGCAAUGAAGCAGGCUGAUGAUGCCUGCACACCUGGAUCUGAAACCAAGCGCAGUAGCUUCCCGAAACUGGGUCCGAACCCGAGAAAGCUGUCCCCAAGGCGCGAGAGCGGUUCAGAUGAUAGCCCCAUGAAGCAGCAAUUUUCGAAUUUCUUCGAGGGCAAGUCGUCCUUGUUCUCGAAAAAUAAGCCUCCCAAGCCAGGGAGUGAAUCUCCUGGCGAGAAGACUCCGUCGGCAGAAGAUAGUGACUGGACACUCGUUUAGAAAGCUACAGAGGGGGGAGAGUCAUCCUACAUUGCCAAUUGUAAUUAUUUUUUGGGUUUUCCAUCUCUUUCAGAUCCCCCCCACCAAGGUAAUGAAGGAAUUCAGGCCUUCUGUACCCCAGUUUUUUGUUUUUGUUUUGUUUAUAAGCUUGUUCAUCUGUAAAUCCACACUCUAUUUCAACCUGAUUUUGCCCCGGUUUUAGGCACAUAGCCAGAAUCCUGUUACUUUACUUGACACAAAAGGUGUUACAAUACAAAUUUAGACAAAAAGAAAAUACAAAGAGAAUCUGAGAUUUAGCUGUAACUUUUGGUUCUCCUGUUUUGAGUGAUGUUCUUCAUGUUGCAUCUGCUGAAUGCCCAAGGUCAUCGGAGGGAGGCCGAAGUCUGAGUGAGUUGUUUCCUCAAACCACAUACGGGUUGGUUUUGGUAUGUCAUAUUACUUUCCGUAUAAUUUUGAUCAUGCGAAUGAAUGAUUAUGAUUUUAAAACCAUGUUCGAAACAUCUAUUUAUAUCUAUAUAUCUAUAUUAUACUAUAUAUUAUGACAAUUCAAAACCAAUAUCUUGCCACAUAAGCAUUUGGAGGAUCCACAAUUUGCCAAGUUGGACAACUUUUUUACAAACAAAAAAUUAGUUAUUAAUGUAUUUAUAGAGCUACCUCUCUCUUCUUUAAUAUUUCCUUUUUUUUAUCCAAUUAUUCUUUUUCAUUUCUCCAUUUUUUAUUUUUUUUUUAAUAAUAAGUUAUAUGUUGAUAAACUUAACCAAACACACAUAAAUAAUAAUUUUUUAUCAAGUAAACAAAAUAUAAAUAAGAAAACAGAGAGAGACACAUAUCACAUUUGUUCAAAUAAAAAAUAUAUGAUUAAACCUUAUGAAGUAAAUUUUCUACUCAUUUUUACUAAAAUUGAAUGAUAAGUUACAUUUUGAUAAAAAAAAAUUAAACAACCAUACACAUAAAUAAUAAUGUUUUUAUUGAUUAAACAAAAUAUAUGAAAAGAGAGAAAAAUACAUAUUUGACAUUCAAUUACCUUUGAAAAAUAAACUAUAUUACUUUAUAUUUUGUUGCAAUGAAGCACUCACUUAUUCGUAAAAUAUAUGUCUAUAAAAUAAUACAAUUAUUAUUUAUCGAAAUGUUAGAGUAUAAUCUUGAUCGAGUAGUUACAGUUAUUUAUUUAAAAAAAGACUUCUUAUUCAUUCAGAUCAUGUUCUACCUUAAACUCCUCAAAUGAAGAGGAAUUGCAUGUGCAAUAAUUUUAUGAUGUGUCCAAAGUUCACAUUAAUAAUAUUUACUCUAAACCAUGUUUGAUUGAGAAGCUCUAUUGAGUUCCUAAGUUGUAUGCUAAGAAAUUUUCUUUUAGACUUGGAGUUAUCGUCGAUGAUUAUAAAUAAAAAUUUUCAAAAUGACUUAAAUAUGAUUGUUGACGAACUUUGACUUCAUACCCCUAAGAUGAGGCACAAGAUUCCUUGAAAAAUAACAUAUACGAAGGUUAGAAAAAAAAAAUUGUUGAGAAUCUACGAUAAACAUCAUGUUUCAUCAACUAAUAACCUAGGCAUUUAGUAAAUAUAGGUUGACAAUUUUUAGUAAGAUUGUCAAUUGGGAUAAACAUAUUUAUCCAACAAUCAAGUAUCUUUAUCCAAUCAUCUCAACUCUCAAAAUUAGUUGUCAGUUCCUCCAAACUCGAGAAACACGAAUUGAUAUAUGUUGUAUAAGAUAAUAAGUUAAUGUAGAUAAUCAAAUGAAAUCCACCGCUAUUGUUCAAAUGAUAAGACAUUUUAUAUGCACCUGAAAUAUGUGUGUAUUGUAGACACUCUAUAUCAAUUAUUAAUAUAUAAGUAAUAAAAUCUUUGAAAAUUA